AUGCUCUUUGCUCGAGCAUCUGCACGAAGCUCAAUUGGGCUUCGCGCAUUCUCAACGGCGCGAGUCUACCGCGCUGAGCUUUCGUAUCAGGUCUAUGGGCCCGAGAACGAGCAAGCCGUGACUCGGGAUCCAAUUCUGUUCCUGCAUGGAUUAUUCGGAUCUAAGCAGAACAACCGGAGCAUCAGCAAAGCCCUGGCCAGAGACUUGAAGUGCCGCAUAUACACUCUGGACCUUCGCAAUCAUGGACAGUCCUUCCAUGCCCCAGAGCACAAUUACAGUGUCAUGGCUGAGGAUGUGCAAGAAUUCAUCGAGCAACAGAAACUAGACAAAUGCGUUCUGAUUGGUCACUCCAUGGGUGCCAAAGCUGCCAUGACAGUGGCACUUCGCUCGCCUGAGCGCGUGUCCGGCUUGAUCCCCGUUGACAAUGCACCUGUCAAUGCUGCGCUGAAGAGCGACUUCCCCAAGUAUGUUCGUGGCAUGCAGCACGUGGAAAAGGCGAAGGUGUCCAAGCAAUCCGACGCCAACAAGAUUCUCGAAGAAUACGAAGAGUCACUCCCAAUUCGGCAAUUCCUUCUAACCAACCUCGUCCGCUCGGAGGAGGACAAUACGUUCAAGUUCCGCGUGCCACUGUCAGUCAUUGGAGACUCGCUGGACAACAUGGCUGAUUUCCCUUUCUCCGAAGCGGACGGCAAGCAAUAUCACGGGCCCACGCUCUUUGUUCGAGGUACCAGAUCCCGUUAUGUCUCGGACGAGACCAUCCCAGCGAUCAAGAAAUUCUUCCCGAAUGCACAGAUUGCGGAUGUGGAUGCUGGGCAUUGGCUCAUUUCUGAGAACCCGGAGGCUUUCCGGCAAGCGGUCCUCAAAUUCCUAGGACAUUCCUAG